AUGGGCCUGCUGCGGAGCGUGCAAUGUUUGCUCACUUACCCGGCGAGCAGCUACGGCCUCCCUGCCUUGGGGGGUUUCAUCAGCCUCCUGCAGCACUCCAGGGGAGACCGGUCGGCCACCGCUGCUUGCACAAGGAAUCCCCUCAUCCGGUCUGCAGCCAUGGCCACCUCGGCGAGCUCCCACCUGAGCAAAGCCAUCAAGCACAUGUACAUGAAGCUGCCGCAGGGGGAGAAGGUCCAGGCCAUGUACAUCUGGAUCGAUGGGACUGGAGAGCAUCUCCGCUGCAAAACCCGCACGCUGGACCACGAGCCCAAGAGCCUUGAAGAUCUCCCCGAGUGGAAUUUCGAUGGCUCCAGCACCUUCCAGGCUGAAGGCUCCAACAGUGACAUGUACCUGCGACCUGCUGCCAUGUUUCGGGACCCUUUUCGCAAGGAUCCCAAUAAACUAGUUCUCUGCGAGGUCUUCAAAUACAACCGCCAGUCUGCAGAGACAAAUCUCCGACACACCUGCAGGCGGAUUAUGGACAUGGUGUCCAACCAGCACCCCUGGUUUGGGAUGGAGCAGGAGUACACUCUUCUGGGGACAGAUGGACAUCCAUUUGGCUGGCCUUCCAAUGGCUUCCCUGGACCCCAAGGUCCGUACUAUUGCGGGGUAGGGGCAGACAAAGCCUACGGCAGAGACAUUGUGGAGGCCCACUACCGAGCGUGCCUUUAUGCUGGCGUGAAAAUUGGAGGAACCAAUGCAGAAGUGAUGCCAGCACAGUGGGAGUUCCAGGUGGGACCAUGCGAAGGGAUUGAGAUGGGGGAUCACCUCUGGAUUGCACGCUUCAUCCUCCAUCGGGUGUGCGAAGACUUUGGUGUCAUUGUGUCCUUCGAUCCCAAACCCAUCCCUGGGAACUGGAACGGUGCUGGCUGUCACACCAACUUCAGCACCAAGAACAUGAGGGAAGAUGGAGGUCUCAAACACAUUGAAGAGGCCAUCGAGAAGCUGAGCAAGCGUCACCAGUACCACAUCCGUGCCUAUGACCCCAAAGGGGGGCUGGACAAUGCCAGGCGCCUGACGGGUUUCCACGAGACAUCCAACAUCCACGAGUUCUCUGCUGGCGUGGCCAACCGCGGUGCCAGCAUCCGCAUCCCCAGGAACGUGGGCCAUGAGAAGAAGGGCUACUUCGAGGACCGCCGGCCCUCCGCCAACUGUGAUCCUUACGCUGUGACAGAGGCCCUCGUCCGCACGUGUCUCCUCAACGAAACUGGAGACGAGCCUUUUGAGUACAAGAACUAAGCGGACUGCGCCCGCAAACACUGCCUUUCCCCCACACUUCCAGCACCCCUAAACUUCCCUUCUAGAUGUAAUCCCGAGGGUACAAGAUAACACGUUUUGUGUCUCAGUAA